AUGGUAAGUUUGCCGUUGAUGUUUGUUUAUCUUUUGUCUCUCAUCAUCUUAAUCGAUAUCGUCUCUCUUCCUCAACCAUCACUGGCCCUGUCCUCCUGUAACGGCGCAUGCGCAACCCUCAACGACUGCGAUGGUCAGCUCAUCUGCAUCAACCGCAAGUGCAACGACGACCCGGAUGUUGGGACUCACAUAUGCAGUAAACCGCCGCCACCACCUCCCAUGACCGCCGGAGGUUGCAAUCCCUCGGGAACUCUCCAUUGCAAUAACGUAUCAUACCCUACAUACACAUGCUCCCCGCCAGUAACUUCAUCCACCAUAGCCAAACUUGAUAUCGGCGAAUUCAACAAAGGCGGGGAUGGCGGAGGAGCAGCCGAGUGCGACGAGCAAUACCAUGAAAACACUGAGCGGAUCGUGGCACUUUCCACUGGGUGGUAUAAUGGCGGGAAGAUGUGCGGGAGGAUGAUAAUAAUUACGGCGGGCAACGGGAGGAGUGUGACGGCAAAAGUGGUGGACGAAUGCAAUUCGCGUGUGGGAUGUGAUGCAGAACAUGCAGGCCAGCCGCCGUGUGAGAACAAUGUUGUUGUAGCCUCUGAGGCUGUCUGGAAAGCAUUGCAACUAGACGUACAAGGAGAGGGUGUUCAGGUCACUUGGUCCCUGCAUAGCAACUGCAGCGAAGCUAUUAACUGCGGUGGCAUCGGAAGCCUCUCGUACCCGUUUUGGGGAGUAAACCGAGCUAGUUACUGUGGCCUUCCCGGGUUUGAGGUCGCAUGCCUAGACAAUGUCCCGGUGAUCAACAUGUCGAAUAUCAACUACAGAAUUCUUAAAACCAACUCCAGUCGGGCUCCUCCUUCUGUUACAGUUGCUAGGCAGGACUAUUGGAAAACAAUCUGUCCUCCGAGUUUUGUUAACACCAGCAUCAACUCGUCUAUGUUUCAUUAUACUUCCUCUGGGUUUACAAACCUGACUUUAUACUACGGGUGCAAUACAAGUACAAGUACAACAACUAACACUCCAGAGCUUACUUCUACUUCCCAAGUUUGCAGUAGAAGAAACAGCGGUAACAUCACCGUUUCGUAUGUCACGCCAAGUCCCCGAGUUGAUCCAGUUGCUCCCGGGGCCUGUGAAAAUCGGGUCAUUGUUCCGGUUUCUACAACAGCUGCUGCAGCUCUAGAGGCCAACCGAACCGCUAUCCAAGACGCGGUAGAUGGGGGCUUUGAAUUGGAAUUGCAGAUUCAUACUGAUCAAUGCAACACUUGUAUGCAAUCAGGAGGGAAGUGUGGGCUUAACACUACUUCUGGUGGAUUCAGUUGCUUUUGCCAGGAUAAUCGGGCCUAUGCAACCAGAUGUAAUAUUACAACAAAUAUUUCAAAUCCACCACCACCCAGACCAAAAGGUUCAAAUUCAAAGGCUAAAUAUGAAAUAGGCAUUUCGGCUGGUGUUUCGGGCAUCUUCAUAAUCAUUUUUUGCAUAGUAUGCAUAUCAAGGAAAAGAAUAUCAGGUUUCUUCAAGAAAGAUAUAAGGGAUGAGUUUGAUGUUGAGGCAUUUAUAAGGAACUAUGGAUCCCUUACUCCAAAACGGUAUAGUUAUGCAGAUGUCAAGAAAAUGACAGACUCAUUCAAAGAUAAAAUAGGUAAAGGUGGAUUUGGAACCGUGUACAAAGGCAGGCUGCCGGAUGGCCUUGUCGUGGCUGUGAAAGUCUUAAGCGAGUCCAAUGGUAAUGCAGAAGACUUUAUUAAUGAAGUUGCUAGCAUUGGUAGAACCUCCCAUGUCAACAUUGUCACUCUCUCUGGAUUCUGUUAUGAGAGGGACAAAAGAGCUUUGAUUUAUGAAUUCAUGCCCAAUGGAUCUUUAGAUAAGUUCAGACAUGAGCAAGGAUCCGAAGCAAAAUGUCCCUUGGAAUGGAAAACACUAUCUGAAAUUGCUGUUGGCAUUGCGCGAGGACUAGAAUACUUACAUCGUGGAUGUAACACUAGAAUUCUGCAUUUAGACAUCAAACCACAGAACAUUCUUUUGGAUAAAGAUUUUUGCCCGAAAAUCGCUGAUUUCGGGCUUGCCAAACUAUGCAAACCGAAGGAGAGUAUUGUAUCCAUGAUGGGGACAAGAGGAACUGCAGGGUACAUUGCACCAGAAGUGUUUAGCCGGAACUUUGGAGGCGUAUCUCACAAGUCUGAUGUGUACAGCUACGGCAUGUUGGUUCUUGAAAUGGUUGGAGCCAGAAAGAAUUUGGAUUCGGAAGCGUCUCAUACCAGUGAAUUGUUUCCGCAUUACGUUUAUAAAGAUCUAGAGCUAGACAAUGAUGAGAAUGUUUUUGGGGCAAUCACAGAGGAGGAAAAAGAAAUAGCAAGAAAGAUGGUAAUAAUAAGUAUGUGGUGCAUUCAGACAAGUCCUUCCGAUCGGCCAUCAAUGGGCAAAGUAGUAGAGAUGUUGGAAGGACCUCUUCAUACAUUGCAAAUUGCACCCAACCCUUCCUUGUUUUCUCCUGCACAAGGCUCUAUGAUCACAUCCCAACCAGCUGAAAUAGAUACUAAGGCAAUUUUGUCUCAUGAGCAGAUCACUGGUAAUUAG